AUGUCCUUAUCCUCGAAAUUUCCUACGGACUCUGUCGUUCUUCAGGACUCUGCUGUCGUCGCUCUCGCACGCGGACUACAGCCGUACCUGCCCGCAGGACAAACUGUAUCUACGCGCGACGGCCACGCCGUGCGUUCUCUUGGAUGGAUAAUUCUCUCUCAUUUGGACACGCGCUCUCGCGCAUGCAUCCUGGCGGAGCAGCGCCUUUGGGUCAACGAUAUUUGGACCUUUCCUUCUUGGCUCGCCAUAUCGACUAUCGCCCGUAGGGCCGACUAUCUCGGCGACCUUAUCGAUUUCGACCGCGUCUUCGCCACAUUUUCGUCCACCCGCUCUUCCGCGGUGACUUCCGCGUCAUCUUCACAUGGAGAUCUUUGCCAAGUUCUUCACCGCGCUGGCGUUCUAUACUCCGGCACAUCGCGUCUCUGCUUUGACGUCGGCGUGUCGUCGUUCUUGAUUUCGCUUUUUCGCACUAGCGCGUUCACAGAUCUCCACACGGUUCGCCUCUACGUGGCUUCUUCGACUUCUUUUCAGUCCUUCGUCCUUCCAUGCCUGCGCAUACUUCAAUUAUACGGCUCGCGGGACGUGCGCACCCGUCCGACUCUCGCUUGGAGGUCUUCACCUGUAAUCCUUUCGUCAGCCCUCAAGGGCAUCUUUGCGGGAACUCGCCUUGAGCGUCUUGAGCUUGAGGGUCUUGACGUCAAGGCAGACGCAGCCCGGGUUAUUACCGACGCUGCUAUUCGCGACGUUCAAAUGAAGCUUCGUAAACCGUCCAGCGUAGCGGCUGUUUUGGAUUGCUACCCCGAGAACCGCCCUUUUUCGAGGCACGUCAUCUACAGCCGGCCGUCGUUUACGGAGCCGCUCCCAGGCUGGGUCUGGCGCUCUGCGUCAAUGUACCCCGAUCUUCCUUUAGCCGUCGUCUUUGAGGGUAGCCUGACUAUGGCUUGGAUUACUAUACUCCCGAUGGGAGAUUGGCCAGACGCUGCCGCUCCGUAUUUUCAAGAGGGCGCGGACUCCGCGGAGUACUACCCCCCCAAGCUGCACCAGCCUACUCUCAUCGUUCGGUAUCAUCGCAUAUCCCGGCUUUACCUUCCUAAUCACGGCACCUCCUACCUUGACGCUAUGGUUGCAGACCUCCAGUCGUACUGCCUUCCCGUUGACGUUUUCAUCGCAAGGGAGCUUCGCUUUACGUCGGAUGGUCAAACUCCGUGGCUUCGUCGAUCACGUCAUUGCGGUCUUGCUUUACGGGCAAUGCCCAACAUAUACCGACUUGUCAUCGAAGACGAGCGUUUGGCAGAUAUUAUCUUGGAUGCACCUCCUUCGUGCACUCGUGCGGACUUUGUUUGCCGGUCUGAUUGGUACGGCAGAUCCGGGGUUUUGGACGCUUUGUCUGCCGCUAGAGAGCACCGCACGACUUCGUUGUGGCUUCGGGGUGCUUCUAGACAGUGCGAUCAACACGUUGUUCAGCACCUAUCGCACUCUGUCCCUCAUUUCGUCGAUGCGCGUCGUCCUACACACUUUCAUGCGGCGUCGUCUCUCCUUCAGAUGGAGUUAGAGACUGCGCAGGAGAUCGUACGGUAUCACGAGAUGAAGGACAUGACCAUCCGCUUCGAAAUGACAUUAACUUAUUGA